GUUGAUCAUAUAUACACAAAUACAUGAUGAAAUGAUGAAGUUGAAGUAAUUUUUUAUCACCGCCCAGCCUGCGCCAUAUUGACAAUUAUGAGUCGUUCAUCUACUCUAGUUUCGAUAAAUUUAGGCGACUGAAUUACGAAUAUUAUCGUGAACAAUUUAUAGUACGUUUUUUGGGGUACUUUCCCACAGUUGUACACAUUUUAAUCCCAAAUGCAAGAAUCAGGAGUUGAUAUGGAGUUUGAUCUCCGUUUAGACGACGACGACGACGAGACUUUUGAUUUGUUUGGGGAAGUCAAACAGAACUUGAGUUUACAAGAUCACCUUGACGUUACCACGUCCAUGUCUUCUUUAUCAACCUCUGUACCAGGAAGUGGGAUGCCAGAAGAAGAUAUAAACCCUGCCAACAUUGGCCUUACCAAUUCAAACUUUUACGAAUUACGAAGCACGCCCGUUGAAAGCUCUGUUUUACAAAAGGAAUUUUCACCAAGCGCCAUGUCGACAAGAACAAAUUUCAAACAGGAACUGAUGAGGCAGCAAAUGCAAGAAAUAGAAAAGCAUGAAAACAGACAGACUCGUACAUCACCUAUGUUAUCUUCACCUGCUAUAGACCUGCCAAAGCUGUCCACAAUUCCAGAAGUUCCAACAAAUGUUCUGAAGGUGACCACCAAGCUUGAGAACCCUACAAGAUAUUACAUCCAGCAAUCUCAAAAACGGCAAGUGGAGCAGUAUCUUUCUGCCUCUGCAUCACAAACAAGGAUGUCUCCUCACCUGCUAAACCCGAGUCCAUCAUCUAACUCACCAUCUCGUAAGCCAAGUGGCUCAAUGUCUAGUCUACCCAACAGCCCUAUGUCAACAACUCAAGAGGUGGAUGACAUUUUAGAUGAAGUGAUAAGUUUGGAAUCAAGUAUAGGGGAGGAUGCUCUGACUCAGUACUUUCAAGAGUCUGGUAUGGUGCCAGCAACGAUGCCGGUACAUACAUACCUAGACCAGUUGAGCCCUAAUGGUGGUAUGACGCCAGUGGCAGUUCCUACUCAGUCUGUCUCAUGUCCUGCUGACCUCAACAAAAUAAAACAAGAACCAAUUUCAGAAGAUCAUGUUCGGGCCUUUGCUAAAGAAAGGCAGAAGAAAGACAACCACAAUAUGAGUAAGUACACAUGUUGUCUUAUUGACAUACAUGUAUUUUGCUUCUUUUUUUCUUGUUUGACCCACAAAAAAGUGUGAGUGAUAAUGGUACAA